UUAACUUCUGGGUGAGAAAUAAAGAAGGAAUUAACUUCAAAGGAAAGGAUUGUGCGAAAUGCAACUGAAACAGUAUUUCACAGACGGUUUAGUGCAGAUUGCCAUUGUUCUUAGUUUGUUGCGUAUUGAUCUCAAUAGUUACUUGAACACCAGUUAUGUGAACUAUCCGGAAGUUCAAGAGCUAAUUCUUGGACAGACAGCUGUGUAUACACAGACAAAUUUUCAUAGAAGUAGUUUUGAAAACCAUUAUUCAGGUUAUGACCAUUUGAAAACUUUAGAAAAUGAAGCAUCUAUUCUACAGGAUCUCCGUUCAUUAAGUCGUUUUGCUAGUCAUCAAGUUGCAAGACAACAAGGAAUAACCACAUUUCUUGUUGGAAUUUCUAAUGGAGGAGGUCAUCUUUUGACAAAUUCUCAAGAAACGCAAUCUGCGAAUGUGGAAAAUAAUGACAGUGCGUCUGCAACAACAGAACAGUCAUCUGAAAAUGCACAAGAGGAGGACAAUGCAGUGUCUCAAGAAAAUGAAGAAGUUGUUCUAGUUCAAGUGAAUGCAGAAAACCCUUUAGCAGUAGAUCCUUCUUUUGAGGAUUUGGACCUGAUCGACGUACUAUGGCGCCAAGACAUAGAUCUGGGGGUGGGGAAGGAGAUGUUCGACGUAAAUCUCCGAAGAGAACUCGAGCGAGAACGAGAAAUUGAGCUACAAAAGGAAAGACAGAAACAAAAAGAUAGAGAACUAUUGCAAGCCAAACUAGAAGAGCAGCGAAGACGCAGAGAACAGCAAUGGAUGGCGGAGAAUUUUAUGAGGGAUGGAGAAACAGGUGAAUGGGUGCCACUCAAUGGGAGAAGAACAUCUCAGCCCAUGAGUUCCCCUUCCAUGGUUCCCCCAAACAUGUCUCCUCAAGUAUCCAAUGUGCCCCCUCCCAAUGUUACAAAUAUUCAACAGAAUAACCCCCACAGUAUGAAUCAGACAAACCAGUUUCAGAAUUACCAAUCUUAUGAAACUGGAAUGCCGGUGAUGAGCAACCCAAUGCAGCCACAUCUAAAUGUGCUGGAGAAUGACUAUCACAUUCCCACCUCUAACCAGAGUUACCAGCAUCAGCUGGCCUCCCCCUCCCAUCAGCCAUCCCCCUCACAUAUCACGUCCCCCCUACAUCACAUGUCCCCAGACCAGAACCACUUACAGAAUUACAGUUACAAUCAAACUCAACAACAGAGUCAGGGUAGCUAUCACCCCCAGGAGAACAUGACCCAAGCCCAGUACCCCCAGGCUGCCAACAGAGGCUAUGGUACCAACAAUUCUCUGGAGGAGACCUGGAUGGACCUGGUCAACAUUCUGGAGCUGCCCAGUAAUGAUUCUAAUACCGGCAUGGUGAACAAUAUGAGUACCAGUGUAGGCAUGAUGCCCCCACAGAAUCAUUCCAAUGCCUUGAUUCAGAACGUCACAAUGCCCACUCCAAUCAACAAUACUGUCAACACAAACACAUUUGAACCACAAACGAGAAACAAUUUCACAUCUGCUCCCCCUAGCGAGGGCUGUUCAUCUCCAUUGGAAUGGGACCCUGCCAACAUGCUGUUUAACAACAACAGUGCUGGUGCUGAACAGAAUUCUAACCUGACCACCCAAGUGGAUGACAUCCUCUCCAACAUCAUUGAUGAAGGACUGGAUGACCUCAAUAUUACAGAGAUGGCCAUUGAAGAGGGUCUGGGCUCCAUGCAGAUGCUUGAUGAUGCAAGCAGUGAGUCAGGAAUUUCUAUGGGCAGCUCUGGAGGCUCUCCUUCUCAAGACCAGUUUAGUGAGGGAGCCAUGUCCCCCUAUGAUGGAAUGGAAGGUGGGGCAAGAGGUGGUGGAGAUUUUGGUGAUGGCACCCCAGACUUUGGAAAGAGACCAAGGAAGUUUAGUUUCAAUGGCGGAUUUAACUACAAUGAGAAUGGAGGAGAAUCUGCCCAGUCCAACUAUUCCUCAUCUUCAAACGACACAGAUUAUCACUACCGUCCAUCCAGUGCAAAUCAUAUCAGACAUAACCAUUCUUACCCACUGCAGCCAGGCCAGGAACCUCGCGAAUACAAAAAAUACACCAUCUCGGACAAGCCUAAACAAAAGGGGCCUCAUUGUAGGGACAAAAAGAGACUUGAAGAUCUCAAGGUCCCCUUAACAAUGGAUGAGAUCGUGGACUCUCCCGUUGAAGAGUUUAAUGAAAUGCUUACUCGUCACAAGCUGUCCGAGUCCCAGCUUCAGUUGAUCAGAGACAUUAGACGACGAGGCAAAAACAAAGUGGCUGCGCAGAACUGCAGAAAAAGGAAAAUGGAUGUGAUCGUCACUUUGGAGGAUGAAAUGACCCAACUGAAGGAAUCUCGUGAAAGACUUAUGGCAGAAAGGCAGAUGAUUGACAAGCAAACACGAGACAUGAAGGACAAAUACAGUGCCCUAUAUAGAGAAAUAUUCCUAUCUCUACGGGACGAACAUGGCCGACCCUACGACCCUGCUUUAUUUUCUCUCCAGCAAUCCAGUGAUGGAAAUGUUUUCCUUGUGCCUAAAAAUGUUACAUCUGAGGAGCAAAUGGAAAUGAACAAGAAGAUCAAAGAAGAGCGAGACAAAGAUUCACAUUAGAGGACCAGCACUCUGUGUUGGGUGUUGAAAUCCACUGAAUGCACUUGAUCUUUAGUUGAGAUAAUUUGCACUUUUUCCUUUUUUGGAAACUGAGAAUUUUAUUCUUUCAAAAUCUGUGAUGAAAUUAAGUGCUAGAAAACCUUUACUCAGGAACAAAGAAAGUUUUCUAAAAUUCUUCAUAAUUUAUGAAAGUUUUUUUCUGUUUGUAAUGAAAAUUGAGAUGGCCAAUGCCUUUAAAUUUUGGCGUACAAAUCUCUUUAGGGUGUAAGGUUUGAGUAGUUGAAACCAACAAUUGAGUCCCGGUGGUGUACAACCAAAGAGUAAAAUAUUGGAAACAAGCAAAUUAGAGAUUAAAAUUAAUAUCCUAUGAGUAUUGUGCUAAAGCAGUCCGAGAUGUUCAGACAAUUUGCCAAUAGGGUAUUUAAAGUUGAGAACAGAAGGUUUUCAGCACGUAAAACAGGAAAUCAAGGUAGCUUUUGUUCAAAGUGUAUGACAAUUGUGUCAUAGAAGUGCUGCCAAUUUAGUUAUCGGUUAAAGUCCUACAAGUACAUGUACAUUUCAACAACAAUAAGUACCAGGUCAAAGGGGAAAUUCAUUACGACUUUAAAUUAUCUUUUUUGGAUCGGUCUUUUGUUACGUAUAGUACGGAUCUGUUGUUUUAAAUGCUUAUUAGAUUCAAGCACUCCUAUAUGCUUUGUUAUGUUUGAUUAUUAUAUAACAGAUAUUCAUCAUCAAAGAGUUAUUAGAUUUGAAAGAUUUCGAAUUUGUCAUGCACAAAUGGAGAUCAGCGUAACUUAUCAUUUUUUGUAGAACAUAUUUGGCAUAAUAGGUUUGUUUUUACUGCCAUAGGAAAAUAUUGUAUAACCUAGAGGCUUCCACUGACUUUCCUCUCUUUCUCUCUGUUCUUUAUAUAAAAAAAUUUUUUACUUUUAGACUAUUUAAUCACUGCAUGUGAAGAGUAAACAGGCCAGGAAUUGGUCCAUAUCCUUAAGAAAUAGAAAUGAAGUCUGACUAAGUAUUUACAUCAUACCAAGUUCGAAUCUAUGGGUUUUAAAGAGAAAUUGCAAUUUAUUUUUUUUUGUAUUGAUUAAUUGCUUGUAUCACAAAGUGAUGUGAUAAAGAAAAUUUAUUUCUGUUUUUCAUGUGUGUAUACUGAUGUUAUCUCUAAGUUAUGGAACAUUGUCAAGUUCUCAUGCUUGCUGUUUGUUUUUUUGUCUCUCAUACUUUGUAUGCAUAUCAUUUGGAACCCUUCAUUAGUUUGCAUUGUUUGUAAAACAUUCAUGAUUUAUAACAUUCUUUACCCUGAUUUAUACUAGGAUACUGAGAAUUGUGUGUUAUGUUCCAGGGUCUGGCUUUGUAUAUUAUUAUAUUGUUGUUAUACACUACCCCCUUGUGUCUUUUUACUUUGACGGAAAUCAGAGUUUUACCACCUUUUACAGGUGGUUGGAUCAUUAAAAGUGCUCUCUAUUGAUGUCCAAGCCUCUGAUGCUUACAACUAUUUAUAA